CUCUUCUGCCCUGAAGCUGCCGUGACGCCCCUCCGAGGUACCUGCAUCAACGGUACCACAGCACUAACACAUCUCUGAUCCAGCCUGGGUGAGCGUCACUCAAGGUGGCAUAGCUUCAACGCUCAUCCUGCUUGCGCUUGCACUCGACUGCUACCAGGCUGUAAGAGAUUUUGCCAUAGCAUCGCUGCCCUCAGCACCGCCGACCCCUCGACCGCAUCGAAUUCCGUCGACACCGACCGUCCCAUACAGUAGCUAUAUGGUCUUGUAGGGCAGGAACAACUGUGUCACGGGGUUGCUAUGAGUCUCGAUCAGCAUAUGUUUGGAUCGACGGAUUGGCAUCUCCUUCCCAGUCCUUCCUCCACACCCAAGUCGGCAACUUUUCCCAACUCGACACCACUCAAGACACCCAAGACGGAGGGGGCUGCUCACCAGACUCACUUCCUGGACGCCUGGGCAACGCCUCGAGUCAAUGGGCAACACACCCCGGCACAGACGCCUUCGUACUUGCUGUCGACACCGAGCGACCGGUCAUCAAGCUUAUACAGCUUGAAGGUCCGCACUCCCGAAGAUCCAGAGUUCCAUGUAAACUAUCUCGCUCCUGCCAAUCUUCCUCUGCCCCCUGUCGAACCUCAACGAAGACUGUCGUCAUCGCCAGACCCGAACUCGCUAAAGAGGAUUGGGCUAAACCGGGAAGGGCAGCGACCAUUAUCUGGUCCCGUCAAGAUGGACUUCUCGCAGAUGCAGACGCCGCCUCCAACAAGAGAUGCUACAUCGAGAAGGAAUUUGCAACAGAGUGUGGGCAAUCAGAGUGGAACACCAGCCACUGUAAUACGAAGGACAUCCCUCCAGCCGGUGCCAACGUCAGAUGGCAUGUUCAAUCAGACGUUUGGAUACGCAGAUGGAGUACCUUUCUCUCCAAGUAUGAUGCCCUUCGCGAAUGCGGAACCGAUGUCAGCACCACCAAUGCCGCAACAAAGGCUGUUUUGGGAUAUGACCGAUAACAGUCACAUGGAUGUGGAUAUGUCUGGAGCGUUAGAUCCGUUCGGGCCUACACCAAAUAAGCUUCAAGGAAAUCUGAGCUGGCAGACCUUUCACACCCCGGUCGCUGAGCAGAUGCAAGCUCAAUUCCAGUCACAAAACAGUCUUUCGUCUGCAGAGCCCAUGGCAUCCUUUGGAGCCAGCACAGUAGGGGAAAGUCGAAGCUCGCAACCUGCCUCGUUUGUAUCCACAACUACUGGUGUCGACCCAAGUAUGCUAUUCAGCUUCACAUCUCCUGAUGAUGUAACGGCCUCGUUUGGUAACUUGCCUCAGCCAGCUGCCUUCAAUCCGGACAGACAGCCGUAUGAGACUCAAAUGCUAGACUCGAAACGUGAGAAGGAGAAGGCGAAGAAGUCAAGGAGCUUACACUCCCGCAGCAACACCAAUUCCUCUUCCGGUUCUGUCGAGGAAAACAGGCCUAGCCUACAACGCAGCAACACCGAUAGUGGCUUUCAAAGGGCUCGACCAACAAUGUCAGAGCGAAGAUCUUCAGCCGACACCAGCGCAGCUCAUCACAUCCCACGCCGCUCGUCACCACUGAAGCGCGCGAACAGUGGCGCCCUCAAAGUGAUUCCAGAGGUUAUGCGAAGGCCGCGCACUCGAUUGAUUAUUGACGAGACUGGCCGAGCUCGUACGGAGACUGUCCCUGCCGACGAGGAUGAGGCUACGCCUAGAGAGACACGGAGGACGUCUCAGACUUCUAUGAGACACCAGUACCCAGCUCUAUGGGAGGAAGGUGACACUGAGUCGGAUUCAGACGAUCCGCAACCCAUCUUGAGCCGUAAUACCUCGUUCAGCAUACCACAACCACAGCGCCGUGUGUCAAAGCAUGCAAGAACCGAGAGCAGCGAGUUGGCGAAACCCAAUACCUUUAAGAUGGCUCGGCCUGUCUCAAGAACUACUUCGAGAGCCUCAUCCGGUGCCUUUGACAAGGCAUCUUUCGACUCCGUAAGGACUACAAGGCCGUCAAGUCAGAAUGCUUCACGUAGAAUAAGCAUGGUCGACGCCCCUACUGCCUCUACCUUCAAUAGCCAGGCGAUCAGCCAUGACGUGCUGCCUGACUCGCCAGGUGAUGCUUUGGGUGCCUUGAAAAAGGUAGUGGGUAGUCGUCAGGCAAGAAUCGAACGCGCCUCGCAAAAUACUCUUCAAGCACAUAACCAUCGAUGGGCGCAAGCCUCUACCGACUCUGGUACCGCAUCCACGCCUCAUGGCCACGGUCGCUAUGACCCUUUCAACAAUACCUUCAGUGGCUCACCCAGCACCGAAGGACUCACUACGCCAUCAACGGAUCGUAGCAGUCUCUCUACCGAAAGCACACGAUGUGUUUGCCAUGGCACAGACGAGGUCCAACCCAUGGUGCAGUGUGAAAGCUGCGAGAAAUGGUUGCAUAUGAGCUGCCUUGGGAUGAGACCAAGUAGCCUCCCUACCGUCUAUAUAUGUGUGUUCUGCACAGGCCAGACGCCGCUCGCAAGAGGGGCCCGCGUCAGAGGUUCGAUUCCUUUUGACUCGCCGCUCACUCACAAGUCACUCUUCCGCCGUUAAACCCAUCACAAUACACCACGCCGCACAAACGCCUUUUGUCUGGCAGCCUCGUGCACAACCUUCCAUACAAUCCCACACAGAGGGUCGCUCGCUCUCCGGGUCGAUGCCUUUCCCCAGAAACCAACACAACACAACUACCAUCUCGAAAUCUGCAU